AUGCGGCGAUACAGGAUCGAUUCUAUGAAGUAUGAACAACGAAUGAAUGCCGGAGCUUCUGGUUUCGAUAUGAGUGACUGGAAUAAUCCUUACAAUGCUUCACCUCCGUCUUCUAGAGGAGGCGAUGAUGACGCUUCAUCCGUUAACCAUUCAAGGCCUCGACGCAGUCGGCUGGACAACGAUAUUCCACAACCAAGAAGACCCAUUCUUAUUCAACCAGCUCGCCCAGUAUCUCAAAAGAGUAACCGGCAGGGUACUGGAAUGAGUAAUGGUUCAAGAGGCCUCAACUCAACUUUCAAUGGAUAUGACCGUACUUAUUCAAGAUAUCACCAAAACUCUUCACGUGGCCCAAGCGAAGGUUUCUCUGGUGCUCCUUCAGCUCGAAAUGCAUCUGGAUAUGCGAGUGAUUACGCGAAUAGUCGUGCUGGUGUGGGAUUGCUGCCGAACAACCACCGUGAGCCUGUGAGACCACGAUCAACUGCUGCUGAAAGAUAUGCGAACGCAUCUUCAAUGAGAAAUGGUUUUGUAUAUGAUAGUGGAGAGUCUGAUAAGACUUCAGAAGAGCUGGAAGAAGACGAAGAAGAGGAAGAAGUACGAAAUUUUUAUAUGGAAGGACGAGCACAAGGCUCCAGGAGUGUAACAAAUACCCUUGCCUCUGAAGUUUAUAAUAGCGAAAGUGAAAGCUAUUACUACGGAGUUGUGAAACUUGGCUCUGCUAUUGUUGAUCAUGUGUUCCGAACGAUGCCUCCUCCGGAAAAAUACUAUAAGAUGCCGCCAAUCGACCGUGUCGCUUAUGUAUUCUACUGUGCCGUUAAUAACAAACCUUACAACAAUAUUGAUGAGUUUCACGUAAUUUUUAAUCGUGAAUUCUACUCCUACCGCGGGUAUGGUGAUUCUAAAGAUCUGGCACUUUUUAAGGUUUGCAAGCGGAUGCAAGAAGAAUUCUCCCUGAAGCAACUGGAAGCCGACAGAUUGGCGUACGAAAAAGCACGACAAGAAGCUGCAGAGAGCGAGAAACUGGAUUUCAAUCAGCAUAAAAUCGAGGAACGCGAAGAGCCAAAACUUAACAUCUCGCAACCCGAAGAAGUGUUGAGCAACGGACCACUUCAUUAUCACUCCUGCCUUCAGUUUGCUACCAUUGGUGUUGGAGGAAAAUUGGUGAUCAUUAAACCAGCGGGAACCAUCGAUAGUAUCACUGGACAUGUUCUAAGUACAUCCAGCGUUCAUGUGGAUGAUCUGAAAACAUUUCUUCAUUUCGAUGAACAAUCUGGAAAAGUGAUCGAAUCAGUUCAGAACUUUAAAGGACCACUGAUUGCUGGACAAACUCCAACUCAUUCCGUUCGUCUCUACAUCCAACGACAAAUCGACGCUCUUCGCCAGAUCAGAAAUGCUGGUGACGUAAAGAAAAGUGAGGUGGUGGAUGCUCUUCUCGUCUGGCAAUUGCUCGAAAUCAUGGUUCAGCAACAUGGAAGAGUCACCGGACCCGAUGUAGCAACACUGCUGACAAAUGCCUCGGAAGAACUUGGUGAAAAAACUGGAAUUUCAAGCAAUGGGACAUCCGAGUCUGGUUCGAAGUUCGAAGCAAAGGAGCGGUUCAAUAAGUAUCUUCUUGGUGGUCACAUUAAUGAAGCUGUUGAAAGUGCUAUAACCGAUGGACUCUAUGCCGACGCAAUGACAUUGAUCCGUAGACUGCAUCCAAAUGACGCUAAGAAAAUUGAGGAAAUCGAGGCACGAUUUAUGAAUCUUCGUUCCAUUGACGAUCCAUUCGCAACACUGGUUGCAGUUUCAAGUGAUCAACCACCUCCGAUUCUGACGAAUUCGGCGUUCGAUGAUGACAACAAUUGGAAACGACAUGCGGCCAUUGUUCUUGCGAAUCUAAACUCGCAGACCGCUAUGCAAACGAUCUAUCAUCUCGGCUUGCUCCUAGCAAAAAGAGAACGAAACUGUGCUGCUGAUUUCUGUCUCCUUGUUGUAUGCAUUCUGGCUGGUUAUGAUCCAUUUAUUCCAGUGGCUCACGACGGAGAUGAAACUUCGAGAAAGCACAUCGGCCUUGUGCAUAGUGGAUCUAACUUGUUGAAUCGAGUUGAUGGACUAUCAGGAACCGCUGGAUUCUCAUUCACUGAUCUUCAUGCUACUGAUAUUUUUGAUUAUGCUCUCCGACUGGGAAAUAACAAUGUCGAUUCACCACUAGCAAAAUCGAUUGAUUAUCAGUUAGCUCGUAUUGAAUACGCAAAGAAGCUGUCGUCUUUUGGUGGAUUUGCUACGGAUGCGUUCAGAUAUUGUACAGAAGUAGCAAGAUCGUUGUGGAUGUAUGUCGCAGCUUUCGAUAAAAAUGCAAUGUUUGAUCUUUGCGAUCUGGCUGAGAGUCUUCAAUACAUGGCUGCCGCAACUCCUGAUGAAAGUGGUUGGAUUACAACUAUGAGAGGAAUGCUAGGUGCAGCUCCAGUUCAAGAAUCUCAACAACAUGUUCCACAGCCACAACCAGUGGAAAACAAAUCUAUUUCGUCUGAAGCUAAAAAAUGGCAUGAUGAGCAUCAAGCGCCGCUGGAGAUUGGAUCACGUAACGAUCAACAACAUAACGAUAAAACUGUCGAGAAACCAAUUGCACCCGGACGUGCUUCUUUGCCUCCACCUACCCUGGUUACUGAAUCGUCAUCUGAAUCGACAUUUACAGAUAAAUCCGAUUCUUCGGUUACUGUCGCUGCGUCAGCAUCAAGAACUUCAACGUUGACCUCAUCCACUUUACCACCACCACCAUCCCUUCCAAAAACUAUCGAAAAACCAAUCUCAACACCACCACCAAUUUCUAAAAAUGUUGUUCCUGAGAUGACGCCUCCAGCGAUUGUGAAGCCACCGAUGCCAACGUUAUCGAUGCCUAUUCCACCUGUCAGUACUCCAAUCAUGGUAUCACCUCAACCUAUUCCUAUUCCGAAACCUGUUGACGCCAGCAUUGCAAAAAGUCCUCGUUCGGAACUGGAUGAUUUAUGGGACACUUCACCGCCAAGCAAUCAAACUUCAUAUCCACCUGCACCGCGAAAUAUUCAACCAUCUUAUUCGCCUGCACCUAACUUUGCAAACCCAACAGCUCCAAGUGUACCAACACCACCACCAGCCGUUUCUUCUGCUCCGGUUCUUCAACAAGCAACACUAGGACAAGCAUCUAUUCCAAAUGCUAAAACUACUGCGCCGCCUGUCCCACAGAAACAACCUGAACUUGCAUUGAAUGAACGAAAAGCAUCUAAAGGAUGGUUCGGAUCGAUUAAGGAAAAAGUCAUCAAAUCGAUUCCAUCAGCAAACCAAAUGAUCCUGCCUGACGAUUCAAAGCCAAGUAUCGUUUGGGAUCCUGUUCAGAAAAGAUAUGUUGGUGCUGGAGUAGAAGAAGAGGUCGUAGCUGCUCCACCGCCAGUCAUGUCAGCUCCUCAUUUGAUGGGUGGAGGUCCUGAUUCUAACAAAUCGAGCACGAAUAGUCUGCGAAGUGCUAGAAGUGGAGUUGGAUCACGAUAUCUUCAAUCGGGAAUGGCCACUAGCCAAGCACCAGCUAUGGACACUGGAAUGCCACCGAUGAUGCCUCCAACCAUGCCAAUGUCAUUCAGCUUUAUGCCUGCACCCACUGAAGAUGAUUCCUCCGAAUAUGUUGAUCCAUUCAGCGGUGAACCAACGGCUCCUUCCGAAUCAUUAUCCAAACAGAAUAACGAUUAAUAUGCUUCAAUUCUUCCAAAUUAUAUGUGUUGUCGUCCCCAUCGCCUUUUGUAUCCCCCUCCCACCCACUAUCAUUCUUUCAAAUAACCAUUUCCUGUUAUCUGGUCAGGCCCGUUUCCUCUAAAAACUUCUGUGAUUAUUCCAUAGUAUCUUCCUUCUUUUUUGUUGUGCAACUAUAUAUGUUACGGUUUUAUCUGAAAAAUAAGUAGGCUAGUUUUUCUUUGUUCUGACGAGAAAAUAUGUGCUCUGAAUUGAUUCUCUGGUAAAUAAAUAUAUACUGAAAUGAAUAAAUAUAAUGUACCGUG